UGCAGCUCUCUCUUUCGGUGUCCCAAACAACUGAAACUUCAACAUACAUUCGGGGGAUUAAAUUAAGAGUGUGGAGUGUUUGUUUCUUUUCAAAAAUUCCCGCCGAAGAGUCGUUGAAUCCCUCAUGUUCUUCCCUAAGGGUUGUUUUGUUGUUGAGGUCUGCAUCGUUAUGAUGUAAUUUAUAUAAUUAUCAAAAACGGAACUUUAAUUUGUUAUCUUUUAAUAUGAGCCGAUCGGCUGGUGACUGAAAAGCAGAAUCGGCGAGAGAAGGCGACACAGAGGCUAGUCCAGGAGUUCAGAAGGCCAAAGUAUCACUUGUGCCAGAUAUAAAUUUCAACAAAGAAAAUGGUGGAGAGAGUAAAUCAUCUACCCUACUUCUAUGGCAGCAUCACACGAGAUGAAGCGGAGAGCUUCCUGAAGCAGGCUGGAAUGGCUGAUGGCCUCUAUCUGUUACGCCAGAGUCGCAACUACCUCGGGGGCUUUGCCUUAUCUGUGGCAUAUGGUAAUAAGUGCCACCACUAUACAAUAGAAAAAGAAUUAAGUGGAAAUUAUCUCAUAGCUGGAGGAAAGUCCCACAAAAAUCCUGUGGAUGUUUGUGAGUACCAUACUGAAGUGACUGAUGGCCUUGUCUGUCUUCUAAAAAAACCAUGUAAUCGGCCAAGUGGAAUUGAACCAAAAAUUGGACCAUUUGAAGACCUGAAAGACCAUCUCAUCAGGGAAUAUGUUCAACAGACGUGGAACUUGCAGGGGGAUGCUCUUGAACAGGCAAUCAUCAGUCAAAAGCCACAGCUGGAGAAACUAAUUGCAACAACAGCCCAUGAGCGAAUGCCUUGGUUCCAUGGGAAGAAAUCCCGAGAUGAUGCUGAGCGCUGCAUGCUCAGAGGCACACGGACAAAUGGAAAAUUUUUAAUAAGAGAUCGUGAUGACAAGGGAUCAUAUGCUCUCUGUUUGUUUCACGAUGGCAAAGUAUAUCAUUAUCGAAUUGAUAGGGACAAAACAGGCAAGCUAUCCAUUCCAGAUGGGAAAAAGUUUGACACUCUCUGGCAGAUGGUUGACCACUAUUGUUACAAGUCAGAUGGACUUCUUCGUGUUCUCACAGAGCCAUGCCCAAAUCCAGACCACCCAGUAGAUUCCCUCGGAUUAACUCCAGCACCACCAAUUCCAAGUAACCAUCCUCGGCAUGAGGGAGAAGGUGGAAUAUUCUCCAGAAUCAAAUCCUCAUCCUUUCCAAAGCCUGGUUUCAAAAAGAAAUCAACAAUGGUUGAUCGUUCUGCUAGUGCAGCAAAUCUUAAUCCAUACAUGCCCAGGCCCAAUAGACAGGCUGGAGGAGCAGAAGCAGGUGCCCGGAGAGACGCCAUGCCAAUGGAUACGAGUGUCUAUGAAAGCCCUUAUGCAGACCCUGAUGAGCUGCAGGGAAAAACGCUUUACUUGAAAAAUGAUUGCCUCGUACUGGAAGAGAAGGAACUUGGAUCUGGUAACUUUGGUACAGUAAAGAAAGGAGUUUACAAAAUGAGGAAGAAAAAUAUAAGUGUAGCAGUAAAAGUGUUAAAGAGCGAUGAUCCUGCAGUAAAGGACGAGUUGAUGAAGGAGGCACAAUUCAUGCAUCAGCUUGAUAACCCUUACAUUGUCCGCAUGAUUGGCAUCUGCGAGAGAGAGUGUUUGAUGCUGGUGAUGGAACUCGCUGAACAAGGCCAGAUGAAUAAAUUUCUAAUGGCUCACAAAGACGUUAGCUUAAACAACAUAGUUGAAUUAGUGCAUCAGGUGUCCAUGGGCAUGAAGUACUUGGAAGAGAAAAACUACGUGCACCGAGAUUUAGCUGCAAGGAACGUUCUCCUUGUAACUCAGCAUUAUGCUAAAAUCAGUGACUUUGGCCUGUCGAAAGCCAUAAACUCCGAGGAGAAUUACUACAAGGCCAAAAGUACAGGCAAAUGGCCAAUAAAAUGGUAUGCACCAGAAUCCAUUAACUACUACAAGUUUUCCAGCAAAAGUGAUGUCUGGAGCUUUGGUGUGAUGAUGUGGGAAGCAUUUUCCUAUGGACAGAAGCCAUACAAAGGAAUGAAGGGCCAAGAAGUUGUACAAAUGAUCGAAGCAGGCCAGCGACUGGAUGCACCAGCCAGAUGCCCAAUUGAAAUGUUUGAAUUGAUGAGAGAAUGCUGGACAUACAAAGCAAAUGAACGGCCAGGAUUCGUUACUGUGGAACACAAGCUGCGUGAAUUCUACUACACAAUCUCAAAGGAAUAAAAUGCUUAAUAAGAAUCUUACAGAUCCUUUACACAGUAUUUGUAUUUGCCAUGCUGUUCAUAAGCAAGUUAUACUCAGUGAUAAAAAUGAAACUGCCUCAAUGCAUUACACGUGAAACAACUGUGCCAGAAGUUCUUUGAACUAUAAAGAGUAGAAAGCUUUAUUUCUAUCUGGGAGAUGAAGACCUUGAGGGGCAAACUGUUUAUUCCAGCAUUCCAUCUAUUUACCCUCUAACUUCCAGCAGGUUGUGUAGCAUCCACAUUAUUUAAGGAAUUGACCCUUCAUUGCCCACACAGAAUCCCCCUUAACUGCUUCACUAAAGAACAGGAGCUUCAUUGUGAGGGAAAGGUGGUAGGGAUCUUACAACCGAAUCUCUGGCUUAGGACUGGGAUGGUUUAAUUUUGUCAUAACUACACUGAUUUAGUGUCUCCAAGAAUUCUAAGGUUGUAAAAUUUAAUGAUAAGGGAGUUCAUGUUUUAUAUGUGCCAUAGUGCAAGGCAUCGAAAAGCACUUUCACUCUUGGGUCAGAAGUCUGCACGCUCUAAUAUCUGACAGAACUUGACCAGUAGUUGAAGCUCAGCUGUUAAGCAGAUGCUUUGCUACUUGAACCAGUUAGAUGGACUUUAAGAGUACCAUGGUGUCAUUGUAGAAGAGUGCUUUCGAGGUAUGUUAGAUAAUGUUCAAUUAAAAUUGCAAAAAAAAAGAUUCAUGUCAUUGUUGCAUGUGGAAUCUUGCUAAGUGCAAAAUGACUGCCUUUUUCACAACGUAAUAACUAUUCAAAGUAAUUCACUGUAGGUGGUGCUUCCUACUGAGAGAAAAAGUCAAGAGUUAUGUGAAUGGAAUCACUAUUUCAUAAAUCUUAGCUAUUACAAAGUAGUGGACUAUUGGAGGAAAAGGUGACAUAUUGGCAAAAAUAUUACAUUGUGAGAUUGGCAGUUAAAUGUUAAACAUAUUCAGGCAGUGCUGUUUAGAUUUUCUAACCAUGAUUUAGAAAUAGACACAUGGUUUGAAUUAUAAGUAGGAUGAUCACAUGGUUUUGGAAACAGAUGCAGAAGAACAUGAUGGUUAAUUGUAUUGAAAGUGCUUUGGGAAGCUGCUUCCAUUCCAAUUCCACAUCUAACAUGACCGUGCAAGACUCUGUGCAUGUAACCACUUCUGGAGGGUUGCGUUCCUAAUCUUAGUACAUUGAUUACAUGUUCAGAGUGAUAUUUAGGAUGGGUUAGUAAGUUUAACUGUGGGACCAAAUGAUUUUCCAGGCUACUUGAAACUCAUGUGAAAAGAGCUAAAUGACUGUGAGGCAAUUACCUCAUACUGCAGCCUUAAGUAGCCUUUUUGGCUGCUUCCUUAAAAGGCCUUAUUCACAGAACUUGUCGCCUUGGGUGAAUGAAUGGAUGGAUAGAGAGCUUUUGUAAGGAUGCCAAUGAAAAAGACACAUGAUAUUCCAUAACAAUAAGAGUGAAUGUCCAUGGUAGCUGAACAAUUGAGGAUAUGGGAUGGUUGAACCCUCAAGAUGAGUGAAGUGCUCAUGUUAAGAGUGAUGUGCUAGAAUUGACUGGGAGGGCAGAGUUAGGUGCUUGAGAACAAAUGCACAUCAGUGAAUGGGCCAUUACUCACCUUUCUUGCUCUGAUAAACUUAUUAAGCGGUUUUUAGUACUGAAUUUGGAACUUGAAUCCAUUAAGUACUAUGUUUCCAAUGUCCAUUAAAUAGUCAAGUUGAGAUUGACUCAUACUGUCUUUAUCACUCAAUCUAAUUGGUCAGGAAAGCUGAACAAAUAUAUUAUUUCUUCUCACAGUGUACGAUGAAUCUCUGGAAUUCUCCAUCUGGGCAGGCUGUGGAGUCUAGAUCACUGGGGGUAUUUAAAGAGGAGAUGAAUACAUUUUGAAACUUCGAGGAAUUGAGACCUCUGGAGAUGAGACCUGGGAUUAGCCAUAAUUAUAUUGAAUGGUGGGGCAGGCUUGUGGGACCAAGUGGCACAUUUUUAACUAAAAUCUUCAGUUAAAGAUUAAAUGGAAGAUCAGUUUACCUGACUACAGUUAAAAUACAACAGUGCCUAAUACACCGAGAUUCUACCAGCAACCUUGUAGCACGUUAUAUCUAUUUACUGUUGCUGUCUAUCAUAUUGAAACAAUUUAUUACUACUGUAUUAUUUAAAUCAUUUACAUUUUCUUGUAUCCACUUGACCAAUAAUUCACUAAUUCAAUUAGAUUCUACUACUUUCAGAACCACAAACAUCAAAUGUUUUAAGAUAAAAUUGCAACAUAUAUUUAAAGCUUUAAGUAUCUUUGCAAGAAUCAAUCACAAAUAUUUUUACUUAUAAAUUGUUACAAACUGUUCCCUGAAAGCCAUGUAAUUGUGAAUUUAAGUUACAAACGAAGUUACUUGCAACAUUCAAAAAUAAUUAGAUCACUUUACAGAUCACUUUAUGUUUGUUUUUGUCUUAUUUUCUCAAUUGGAAAUAAUCUUCAUGGAACAGUGUUUGGUUAAUCACUGAAUCACACAAAUUCAUUGUGCUGAUGGCCAUGAACAGAUCAACAUGCCUAUUAAGCCUUCCCAGAUUCAUUUAAGUUCCCCGUUGGAACUUAGUGCAUUUAGCCACCUGUCAUGAGAGAGGCAAAAAAGAAAACCCAGUAUUAAUAAAGAAAAUUUUGCUCCUGCGAGCCCCAUGGACGUUAUGUUAUUCAUAAAGACAAUUCCUUUUUAUAUAAAGUGAUAUCUGUCCCAGUUAAAGACUGUCGCUAAGAAUAUUGCAAAGACAUUAAGUUAAUGAAAUACAGUGAUGUGCCAUCCUACAAUUUAUGUAAUUAUGCUUUUAAGCUGAUUGAAAAUAUUUACUAAGUGUUUUAUUAAAGUUGUGCCUUUUUAAAGCUGGAAUUAAUACUGCCGUAUCUGUUAGAAUGACCAAAGUUGACCUGAAGUUCAGGACCAAAAUCUAUAGGUAGAGUAUAAAAGUAACAAAUUGAACGGUUAUGGAAGUGUAGAGCUCUCUCACCCUGUCUCCUGGAUCAGUUGAAAAUACCUGCUGCAUACUGGUCAGGAGUUGCAGAGCUGUACUGCGAAGAAUUUGCAAAUCCAGCCAAAAGGGCCAAUAAUUGCAAAACAUUUAAAAAAAAUACUAUGAUGUAAACCAGUGACCAUAGGCCAAAGCAAGUUAAUAGUAAUGCAAUUUCCACAUAUUUUAAUCCAUUCUCACCCAUAAGUGUAUAAUAAAAGAUGCAGACAAAACCAUCAAAAAAAAGACAAAAUUCAGGGGGAGUGCUUCCAGGAAAUUUUUAAUAUAAUCAGAGAUCACCAGUGUAACAGAUGAGUAUGCAUCAGUUUCCUUUCUAUGACCCAAAGUUUAUAGACCAUUUAUAUACCAUAAAAUAUAGUUCAAAUUUAGAAAAUGCUUAUGCAAGUCAGACCUAUUAUUAAAGUAUAAAAUAUAAACUGAAAAUGGAAACACUCGGCAGGCCAGGCAGCAUCUGUGGAAAGAGAAACAGUUAACAUUUCAGGUAUGAGACCCUUCAUCAAACAUUUAACUGCAGUUCUGCUAAGGUUUCAGUUCUGAGGAAGGGUCUCAGACCUGAAAUGUUGAUUAUUUCUCAUUUCCCAGAUGUUGUCUGGCCUGCUGAAUUUUUCCAGAAUUUUCUAUUUUUAUUUCUGAUUUUCUUAUUAAAGUAGAUCAAUUCAAAUCAAAUUUAAAUCUUCCUUUAUUGGGAUUACACUGUUUUCUGUGUAAAAUGCAGAUAUAUGUCCUUCUUCUGUAUUAGCUGCUAUCAGUAAGAAAAAUUACAAGUGCAGUUCCUACCAUUUACGUGUGUAUGCUUUUCUGAUCUCCAUUGUCAAUAAAUUGCUAACUCUUAACAUGUUUAAAACCAGGAAAAGGGCCUGGUGUGAUGAUAAAUUCCCAUAUCAGUAAUUAAUUUCAAACCUGGACAAGUUUUGGGGGAACAUAUUAUUGAAUCUUACAUCUGGCAACUUGUCUGCAGAAGAACCAAGUCAUGAUUUAAAUGUGGAAUAUUAAUGAUAAUUAGAUCCCCAAAUUCCUGGCCAACAUUCUUAGCAAAUGAGGGUCUGUGCAAUUUUAUAGAUUUUCCCUUACGACUUUAAACUCAAACUAGUAAAAUGGAUGUUAUCAAACUGGAAUGUAUUUUGUAAAUCACUUCCUGGUGAUGUAUCUCCAUCAAGGUACCAGCUUGUUUUCUCAAUAUGAUUUAAGUAAUUUUAGCUAGGAUUGAGGAAAGGGGAAUCAAUUUUUAAACAAGUUCCAUUAAUAUCAAUGAUCUUAGAUUUGUGGUGACCAUUGCUGCAUCUCUUGUGUUUAUACCAACUUUUUUGCUGGAAAUAAGUGAAGAAAAAUGUGUGGAUUCAAUUUGCAAACCUCAUUUAAUUAAAUAAAAGUCUUGUUUGAUUUAA